AUGCCUAAAGCCAGUCAAACCCCCUCUAAAGCCAAAUCAUCAACCAAGGCUGAAGCAAAACACAAAAUCAUGAAGCCCAAAUCAAAGAAAAGAGUUAGGCCAUCAAGGGAACCCAUACCCACACCUGCUCGUUCGCCUUCGAUAUCCUCCACUGUACCUACAUCAUCAUUCCCUGUUCCUGCUGCUUUUACCAUCCCCACCUCCACAAUACCCCCACUUCAAAAACCAACCACUCAUGCACCCGAGCUUAUUGUGAAAAAUACCUCUAAGUCAACAAAGGUCAAUGCCACUUCAAGAAAAUCUUUCAAGAAAGUGCCUGAUGCUGCUACGCAGGUACAACAUCAUCCUUCAAAAUUAGAUGUUUUGGUGUCUACUAUUGAUGCUGCACUCCUAGAUACUCUCCCACCCACAGGUGAGAAGCCACAAGUGGAGAAAUUCACUGUAGAAAAGGGUGUAAGCGAUAUGGGGAAGGCGGUAGAUACUACUGCUGUAGAGCCUGUGGUUGAGGGGGAAGGAAGUAAAGAACCUGUACCAAAGAAGGCUUCUGCUGGCCUUUCAUUUAGAUGGGAUAAGGAUGAGGAUGAUGAUAUAGUUAUCAGCUCACAUGCUUAG